AUGCAGACUGUUGAAGAACUCUUCCGCAACGUCAUUUCUCGUAUUUGCGUUUGUUUAUUUACAAAGCGACAUGAAUCACGUAAAAUUGAGCAAGCGAAAGCUCGUAUGCGUUCAGAAAAUUGGUCGUUUUUAACAGCACCGAUUGCUAUGGAACCAUCGAAUAUUAUGCUUACUCAUGCAUUUGGAAAGAAUCUUCAUUUUCUUACGGAAUCGAUCGAAGAGGAACCAGGUGUGGCUGCAUCAGGUAGUUUGGACGAUUCUAAUCCUAUACAAUGUUUAACGGAUGAACAGCAGUUAGCGGAAGUACAGCUUUUGGGAUCCUCUUCAGGAAAUCCAACAACAAAAACAUCACAAUGA